AUGGCCCCCCUCAUCCCGCGCUUCCACUUGUUCGAAAUCGACGACCAGCCCUGGUUCCCCUCGUUCCUCCGCGCCCGCGUCCAAGACGCCCUCCUGGCCACCUGGGUCAACCGCACGCCAGGCCUGCAACCGGCCUCGCCAGCGCGCCUCGCCGCCGACAUUCUCGAGCGCGAGAUCGGCCAGGCCUCGCUCCCCUCCCACACCUUUAUCGACUUUUGUGCCGGCUCCGGCGGUCCCACGCCGACGAUUGAGCGCAUCCUCAACCGCCGCCUCGCCGCCGCCUCGCUCCCCGCCGCCACCUUUGUCCUCACAGACCUGCACCCGAACCCGGCCUCCUGGUCCCGCGCCGCCGCCGCCUCGCGCAACCUCGUCUACGAACCGAACCCAAUCGACGCCUCGGCGGCCCCGCCCUCCCUGCUCGCGCAGCACCGCGGCACCACCGUCUCCUCUUCAUCCUCGUCAGCGACAAACAAGCACAAGAAGAAGGAAAUCUUCCGCCUCUUCAACCUCGCCUUCCACCACUUCCCCGACCCCCUCGCGCGCCGCAUCCUCCACGACACGCUCUCGACCUCCUCCGGCUUCGCCAUCUUCGAGCUCCAGGCCCGCGAGCCCGCCUCCCUCCUCGCCUGCUGCCUCCUCGGCCUCGGCGUCCUGCUCGGCGCCCCCUACCACGCCUGGCGCCUGCGCUCCUGGGCCGUCCUCUUCUUCUGCUGGGUCGUCCCCGUGCUGCCCUUUGUGCUCGUCUUUGACGGCCUCGUCAGCUCCGUCCGGACGCGGACCCCCGACGAGGUCGAGGCCCUGAUGCGCACGUGCGGCGCCGACUGCGGGGCCUGGGAGGUCAGGAGCGGGAGCGAGAUGCAUCUCUGGCCUGUGGGCUACCUGCACUGGAUUGUGGCCACGAAGAAGGACGCGCCGGGUAGGGAAUAA